UAUUUGAGUUGCGCAGUGAUACUAGUGAAAUAAUUGCUACCUAAAAUGUUAUACAUGGCACAACUUGUGGUUUAAUUCGCGUAUUGUUCAAAUGACAGCGUGUGUUUGGAUUUAGCCAAUCGUGGGCGGGAACCAGCUCGGGAUGUGGAACGGUGCAUUGUGGGAGGAAACAAGAUGCGGCCGUCAUACCCGGAAAAAGCCUGCGAAUAGCAGCCAAUCGGCAAGCAGGCAGGAAGACAAGGGCGGUGCUGGAAAAGAAAGCACAUUGUCGUUCAAGAAGAGCAAUACAUUUCGCCAUACCGUGUGACGUUCAGACUGCACAAUUUACAAAAGUCUACAGCCAACAUGUCUGACAAGAAGGCCGUGAUAAAGAAUGCGGACAUGUCCGAAGAAAUGCAACAGGAUGCCGUGGACUGUGCAAUGCAGGCCAUGGAAAAGUAUAACAUUGAGAAGGACAUCGCUGCCUAUGUCAAAAAAGAGUUUGACAAGAAAUACAACCCCACAUGGCACUGCAUCGUGGGCCGGAACUUUGGCAGCUACGUGACGCACGAGACCAAGCACUUCAUCUACUUCUACCUCGGCCAAGUGGCCAUCCUACUCUUCAAGUCGGGCUGAAUCCGCUUGGUCUUUUUUUUGGUCAUCACUCAUUAAAACAACUCCAUACUGUCCGUCAGACACGUAGCAGAUGGGACUCCCUCGGGAAGUCCUCGCUCAGACUUUUUGUUAACGAAUGAAGAUGGUGCUGUGUUGACCAUGUUUCUGGAGGAAUUUUUGGUUGAUGUACUGUGAGAGAAGCUUGUAUGUACAUCUAUGUCAUAAUUUUCCACGAAAUUGAAAGUGAUUGAAUUUUUGUUGUGAAAAGUCUUAAUUUUCUGUGCCUCAACGUUUCCAUCAUGCUAAUUAAAAUGUGACACUUCCAAGUUUGGUAUGUGUUUCAACUUCACUGUUGUUACUGUUUGUUGGAUCUGUCAGUGUGUGGUGUAAUAUUCCAUACAUUCUGCACAACACUUGGAAUUAAAUAUUGACUUGUGUUUACUGAAA